CCCAGAUCCGAGCCUGACUGUGGGUUUAGGACUUGAACUCAGGAGUUGGAAGGACCUCUCUUUGCGGUCUUCUGGAGACCGGUCCUUAUCAGCCAGCCCCCUGCUCCACCCUCCUCCCCUGGUCUAAUAGGGACAUGGUAUUGGCGGGCACUUAUAAAAGUCCCUGGCUCAGACAGACACAGAAGGACGUCCUGCAGGAGAGACUAGGAGGCAGCAAGUUCUGAGAAAGAAAACCAUGGCCAAGGAGUGGGGCUACGCCAGCCACAAUGGACCUGAUCGUUGGCACGAACUUUACCCAAAUGCUAAGGGUGACAACCAGUCCCCUAUUGAACUGCAUACCAAAGACAUUAGGCACGAUCCUUCUCUGUUGCCUUGGUCCGCGUCUUAUGACCCAGGUUCUGCAAAGACCAUUUUGAACAAUGGAAAAACCUGCAGAGUUGUGUUUGAUGACACCUAUGAUAGAUCAAUGCUGAGAGGGGGGCCACUCACCGGACCCUAUCGACUACGCCAAUUUCACCUUCACUGGGGCUCGUCUGAUGACCACGGCUCAGAGCAUACCGUGGAUGGAGUGAAAUAUGCUGCUGAGCUUCACCUGGUUCACUGGAAUCCCAAAUAUGGCACUUUUGGAGAAGCUUUGAAACAACGUGAUGGAAUUGCUGUUGUGGGCGUUUUUCUGAAGAUAGGACGUGAGAAAGGGGAGUUUCAGAUAUUUCUUGAUGCGUUGGACAAAAUUAAGACUAAGGGCAAAGAUGCUCCUUUCAAUCACUUUGACCCAUCCUGUCUUUUCCCCGCUUGCCGGGAUUAUUGGACUUACCAAGGCUCCUUCACCACCCCACCUUGUGAGGAGUGCAUUGUCUGGAUUCUUCUGAAGGAACCAAUGACUGUGAGCUCUGACCAGAUGGCCAAGCUGCGAAGUCUUUACUCCAGUGCUGAGAAUGAGCCUCCCGUGCCCCUGGUGGGGAACUGGCGCCCUCCUCAGCCUCAGAAGGGCAGACUUGUGAGAGCCUCCUUCAAGUAGGGCCAUCUUUGAAAUGGCUGGAAAGUGAGGGAAUCAAUCCCACUAUCAAUGCUUAGUUAAGUGCGCACCUUCUAUCACUGCUCUACACUCAAAGCAGAUUUUCUUUUUCCAAGUGUAAAACUGAGCAAAGAAACGUCACAAAUCUCUGAUUGUCACUGCUUAGAGGACGAUAAGUUAAAACUUUCAGUCUUUAACCUUAAAAUGAAAAAAAAGUAAGGUUCACAUUUGAUUCUUUGUAACAAUUGUCUUUAACAAUAAUGAAAAGUAACACACUUGGAAGUAUUUUAAAGGAGAAGAGAAAGGAAAGGAAAAGAGAAGUUGUAAUUGAUGGCUGGUCAAGCAUUUUCUUACCAGCCCAUAACUUUGUUUUCAAUUUUACUGUUUCCAUACUAUGAGUUUCCAGUCUUCACAGAAGUGAUGAGUAAUCUACCAUGUAAGAAUAGCAGCAUGUGGAGAGCAAAUCAUCAUAAAAUGCCAGAAUUAAAUUAAAUUGGUACCAAUUGCAACAAUGUUUUGAAGUUUU